UUCAAAGCAGAAUCAGGUCUUCCAGCUACUGCAGAGUUGUCCUACAGGGCAGACUCAGGAAGUAUCGUGCAAGUUUAGUUGAGCCAGAAGUUGAGCUGGAAAUGCCCAGCUUUUCACCUGGGCUUUCAGAAUCGGAAGAUUAGGGCGUUGAUACCCUUCGUCCUGCUGCCUUAAGGAAAUCUCAGCGGGCAGUUGUACAUUCUGAUGAUGACGAGUUGCCCCCAGCAGCUACACAAUGCCAGGCCAGAAAACGGAAGCGCCCAUCAAUGUCAGAUUCAGAGUCGGACUCGGAUGAUGAAAGACUUAAGAAGCAACCGCGUGCAGAUGAUCCGCAAGCGGUCGAGGAACUGAGAAGACAGCGGCGCCAAGCUGUGAAGGCGGCAGCUGAAACGGCAAGGGCAAAGGCAAAGAAGCCUUCGACAAAGCGUAAACAACGUAGAGUGGAAGAGUUUUUAGCAGCCAAGAAGCAACGCAGGCAAAAGCUUGCCAGACAGGAUAAGGAAGCAUGCCUGCGAAAGGCGAGGCAGGAUCGCCAGUUCAAAAGCUUUCCUUACGAGAAGGAUCACAUUGAAGAAGCAACAAUGCAAAACUACAAAGCAGGCCCAAAGGCUUAUCAGAAGUUCUUCCUGCAGAGAGACGGCGUUCGCUGGGCUGACAUCACUGCAGAGGGCAUCCGCACUUUCUUUCGAGAGACGACAUGCCAUAAGCCACCCACUCUCGACAAGUACGCCAGGGGUCUUCAGUGGCAUUUGUACCAUCAGUGGGAGCGACUGAAGACUGAGAAGAAAGACACCGCCCGGAGGCGCCAAGAGGACCAGCUGGACAAGCACGACGAGCUCACGGACCACCUCUCACCUGAGGACUGGGAGCUCUUCAACAAGACUCAGCUAGAGAAUGCUUCCUUGUCCAAGGAGGAGCUCCGUGGCACAGGAAUCACAGCAGUCGGGUCCCUCCAGGCAUGGGCGGACAACCUGGCGCUUUUCAGCUGCAUCAUCCGGAGCAAGACCACGCGUGAGAUGCAAUGGUCCGACCAAGCAGCGCGUAUUGAACCCAUGGUCGAGGUGAAUAUUGCUCACAACGAGAACGGACGAAUUGAAAUACACUCAGUCCUCCGGCACAAGAAUCCUCUGUUCGACUCCCGCUUCGCGCGCUCGUGUCACCUUUUCUACCUCUGGGAGAAGAAGCGGAAGAAGAUAUUGAAGGCCGGUGACAAGUCCUGGCAAAGGGAAAUGAUCUCCCCCGGUUCCAAGAAUCCCUUGAAAGGCCGCUGCGCGGCAACCCAGGCCCGUUACAUCCGGUCUGUUCAGAAUCGGCUAAGCAUCCGCUCCAGAAAGGUGACGCACUUUGGGCGGAAGCAGGGUAUCAAAUGGCUGAUGAAGUCGGGAAUACCGAUGGCUGACGUUCAGAAGGCUGCCAAAUUUGCCCAACAGAUGAACAAGCACUUCAACAUGUCGUACGCGGACGACACGCCGCUCACGGUGCAAGUCGCAAUGGCGGGCUUUCCUGAGGAGGCCCGGGUCAGCAACUUCUCGGACGGGUAUCGGAUCCCCCGAGAGCACGCCAAGGUGGACGAGAAGGCUGUCCAAGAGCUCUUGAAGGAUCUUUGUCCGUGGAUAGACAGGGAGUACAACAAGGCCAAGAAGAGAAACGAAAGAGCACGCUUGAAAGCGGGGCGAGACCUUACGGAGGAGGGUGUGCUCCGGUUCCUUCAAGAGAGCAAGCGGCUCUUCUUGGAGGACGCCGCCUACAUGCAGGACGAGUUCCCCGACCUGCCCAUCUACGAGUUGAAGGUUUUCCAGUCACCGCACUGGGAUUCGUUCAAGAAGGCCAUCCUUGCAGCCGAAGCGGAUCCGGAGAGCUUUCUGCCACCAAGGAAAGACCUGCCGUCGCGCAUCCUCGAGGUGGUCAGCAUCCUGAGCAACGAGUUAGCUGCUGUGAAGGAGGCAGUCCACAAUGUGGGCGGUCAAGUGCAGCGCGGGGCUGCAGGGUCGGCCUACAGGUUGUCGGCGUUCGUCAGCUGAUCGAGGGAGGAUUAGCGACGCGAACAGAACCUGUUCCGACGGUUGACGCCAACGUGGAGAGCGCGACGCUCGGGGUGGAAGGAACCUUGAGAGCAGAGAACGAGCGUCUGCAACGAGAGGCGCGACUACAUCGGGCAGAGA